AUGGCUCCAAGAAGUAUAGAAGAAUGGUUUUACUACAAGUUACUGAGCAGUCCAGGCUUUCAUAGGUUUGUACGUAAGGUAUAUAGAAAAGUAAAUGGCAUCAAAGAAGAUCCCUUCACUGAUCCACCAACUGCUUUCCAAUAUCUCUAUAAACCAACUUCGCUGCAGAAAUUUAAGGCUCUACGCCUUAUAUUUUGGGAUGAAAUGAGAUCCACUUUUGGAUUUAGAAGAAGACUGGGGGACCGCUUUAAAUGA